AUGCAGAUCAGGGCAGCUGCCCCUUCACUGGUUGAACAGGGCCUGGGCCUGGGCCACGAGCCUCAACACAACCCUAUCGAGCACGUCCUACACUGCCUGGAUGUAGCCUUCCAGAACUUCAGGAGAAGUCUUUGCAAGCGAACGCAAACUGCCUGGCCAGAACAGCAGGAGAAUCGGGCAACACGUAAGCUGCCAAGGAAAGUGGGACCUCCCCAGGGUGAUCCUGCCCUGCCAGUGCCUUCUACUUCAGAUGCCUGCCUACCUGGGCCGAGAGUCAUCGACCACCAAUGCGGAGGAUCAAGCCUCGAAGGCGGAACGCACCUUCUGGAUCCUCUGCUUAUGCCAGAAGAGGACUUGGCCUGGCCCUCAGUGUUCAAGUCCGUGGACUUAUGA